AUGGGAAGCUUGGGUGCGCAUGGUUUAGAUGAGGGCACUAGCAUCCGCAAGUCCAAAGCUAAGGAGUAUGAGGAGAAGACAUAUGAAGAGCUUAAGAACGGUAAAUAUCAGGUCAAAAAAUCGGGCAAAGCCUACACGUGCCCUUACUGUUUCGACAAACGAAAGCAUGAUUUCAAGUACAAAGAUCUAUUGCAGCACGCUAGCGCCAUCGGUGCUUGCACCACAGAUAAAAGAAGUGCAAGAGAAAAGGCUAAUCACCUUGCCCUCGCAAAGUAUUUAGAAAAAGACAUCCCCGUUGACGAGGGCCCUUCAAACCCACCUCCUGAAGUAGAUAUCCUUGCAGACCACGAUCAUCACGAGAUUUUUGUAUGGCCCUGUAUUGGGGUACUUGUCAAUAUUCCAAUGGAAUUUACGGAGGGUCGCUAUGUGGGGAAGAGUAGCUGUGAACUCAAGAGUCAGUUUGCAAAGAGAGGAUUUAACCUGACAAGGGUGCAGCCCUUGUGGAAUGCCCAGGGCCAUUCCGGGACUGCAAUCGUUGAGUUUCAUAGCGAUUUGUCCGGAUUUACUAAUGCGAUGUCUUUCGAGAAAGUUUACGCGGCUCGUCGUCACGGAAAAAGCAAUUGGCUGGUAAAGAAUUUAAAAAAGUCGGGCCUCUACGCGUGGGUCGCUCGAGCAGACGAUUAUAACGCUAAUAACCCUUUGGGAGAAAAUAUACGCAAGAUUGGGGAACUUAGGACGUUGUCGGAUAUCAUGGGAGAGGAAGCUCGGUUAAGUUACUUAUGCCCCUACUGCCCUACCACGAGCAAGCGAAAUUUUCAGUUUAAAGACCUCUUGCAGCAUGCGAGUUCGAUUGCGAGUUGUGACUCGAAAAGAAGAACCACUAGAGAUAAGGGGAAUCACCUUGCCCUUGCAAAAUACUUGGAAACAUACGUAAUCGAUGAUGAUUGUUCUGCUAUGCCUUCGGAUGACUUACAUAUUGAUGAUGUGGCGAAGGCUGAGGUGGAUAAGCAUGCGGAAGAUGAGCAUGAUGAGAUGUUUGUCUGGCCAUGGAUUGGCAUCAUUGUCAAUAUUUCUACUGUAGUUAAGGAUGGCCAUUGUGUGGGAGAGAGUGGUAGUAAAUUGAGGGAUCAGUUGACAACUAGAGGAUUUAGUCCGACUAGAGUUCGGACUUUGUGGAAUCUUCAUGACCAUUCAGGAACUGCUAUUGUAGAGUUCAAAACGGACUGGUCUGGGUUCAUAAACGCCAUGUCCUUCGAGAAAGCUUAUGUGGCUAGUCAUCAUGGGAAGAGCCAUUGGUUAGCAGAAAACGAGGAAAAGUCGGACCUUUACGCGUGGGUUGCUCGUGCGGACGACUAUAAUUCUGAUAAUAUCAUGGGAGAAAGUCUUCGCAAGAUUGGGGAUCUGAGAACUAUAUCCGAUGUCAUGGAAGAAGAGGCUCGAAAGACGAAGAAGCUUGUCAGCAAUUUAACCAGUGCUAUUGAGGCGAAGAAUCUGCACUUGCUAGAGAUGGAGAGCAAAUUCAAGGAGACCGAGAGCUCCCUUCGCCAGUUGAUCAUGGAAAAAGACAGCAUCCAUCAAGCUUACAAUGAAGAGAUAAAAAAGAUUGAGUCUGGUGCACGAGAUCAUUUUAGGAAGAUAUUCAGUGACCACGAGAAGCUGAAAUCACAAUUAGAAUCUCAGAAAAGAGAACUUGAGCUCCGGGGUCAAGAACUUGUUAAGCGUGAGACGGAUAAUGAGAUUGAGAAGAAAAAGCUUGCGGAUGAGCUUGAACAGAAUGCCGUGAAAAAUUACUCUCUUCAAGCUGCUGCCAAGGAGCAACGUAAGGCCGAUGAAAAUGUAAUGAAGUUGUAUGAAGAACAUAAGAAGGAGAAGGACAGGCUCCAUAACAGGAUCAUUCUACUGGAGAAACAACUGGAUGCCAAACAAGCAGUACAGCUUGAGAUUGAGCAGUUGAGAGGUAAACUAAAUGUGGUGAAGCACAUGGGAGACGAAGGCGAUUUAGAAGUGUUAAACAGAGUGGAAAUACUGCUCAAGGCAAUGAGAGAGAAAGAAGGAGAACUUCAAGAACUGGACUCAUUAAACCAAACUUUAAUUGUGCAGGAGCGCAAGAGAAACGAGGAAUUACAGGAUGCUCGCAAAGAAAUGGUUAAUGGCUUGAAAGAAAUGUCGAUAAAAUCUCAUAUCGGUAUCAAGAGGAUGGGAGAACUCGACAGCGAGCCAUUUCAUCAAGCAAUGAAGAGAAGGUACAAUGAUGUCGAAGCAGAUGAGAGGGCUACUGAGUUGUGCUCUCUGUGGGAAGAGUACCUUAGGGACCCUGAAUGGCAUCCUAUAAAAGUGGUUAACAGUAAUGGUAAUUACCAGGCUGUGAUAAACGAAGAUGACGAGAAACUAAGAGACCUGAAGAAGAAUUAUGGAGACGAAAUAUACAAUGCUGUGACAUCAGCUUUGUGUGAGAUAAACGAAUAUAACCCGAGCGGAAGGUACAUAAUUUCAGAACUGUGGAACUACCAUGAAGGUAGGAGAGCUUACCUCAAGGAAGGAGCCGAGGUCCUACUGAUGCAGUGGAGAUCCUGCAAGCGAAAGAGGUGA